UUAAAUCGUUUUAUUGCUACUGUAUAAUCUUGAGGGAUCAUAGUACACGUGCAUUCCUUAUUAUUGCAUUCGAGGGGAAGGACGAGAAAGCUAUGCUGAUUUCUUUGAGUCAGCUGAGGUUGCUGAUGCAGACCUCGACCACAUCGAUGACCUCUGUACCGAGACCACUGAAAUACUUGAGAAACUCGUACGACACCUUGAAGGAGGCAUACAAAAAGAUUCGAUCGAAGGACGUGAAACAGCAGUUCGCGGAAGUCCUGAGCGUGCUGUCCAUGGCAGGUGCUCCUCCAGGCUCCAAGGAGUGCCUUGGAUACUGCAUCGAAGGGAACGUGGUGAAUCCUGGGGAGUGGGGCCACGAAUACGUGAGACAAUUGGAGAACGAAAUCGUCGACGAGUGGACGAAUGCUCCCGUCAGAGACGAGAAACGCAUAAGAAAUACACUCACGCCAUUGGUGAAAAGCAUCGUGGAAUUCGACAUGAAACACAACGCGGAGAUACCUGGAUGCGACUUGUGUCUCGAGAUCGAUCAGCUGAACCUCCUCGACGACUACUUGAACAGCACGAACUUUAACAGAGUGUGCCGUUACCUAGAAGGUUGCGCGAUGUACAGCGAGGACACCGAACGAAGAGAAAUACUGAAAAUUGUUGCCGAUCAGUAUCUGAGAUUCGAGGAGUUCUGCAUGGCGUAUUUGGUGGGCCAGCAACUGGUCGACUCGGAGCUGGUGCACAAGUGUCUCGCAAAUUGUCCGGACAGCCUGACGAGGAAACAGCUGGCGUUCAUGCUCGCGAGGCAACGAGUAACGCUGGAGGAUGCUCAGGACAUCGAACCGAUCCUGAGCAACGGUCACGUGAACGGUCACUUCCUCGUGCUCGCGAGGGAACUCGACAUCCUCGAGCCUAAACACCCCGACGACAUUUACAAGACUUGGCUCGAGACCAGUACGCUCAGACGCGCCGAAUACGAUUCAGCGAGAGCGAAUUUAGCAGCCAGCUUCGUUUCCGGCUUCGUGCACGCUGGAUUCGGCCAGGACAAGCUGAUGGCGAACACGGAGUCCUGCUGGAUUUACAAGAACAAGGACCAUGGAAUGCUUUCAGCCACUGCGUCUUUAGGACUGAUACACAUGUGGGACGUGGACGGUGGUUUGGUACCGAUCGACAAGUACCUUUACACGGGCGAGGAUUUCAUCAAAUCAGGCGCGUUGCUCGCUAUAGGGAUCGUGAAUUGCGGCGUUCGCAACGAGUGCGAUCCAGCGUUAGCUCUUCUCAGCAAUUACGUGUGCUCCACAAGCGCCACGCUCAGGAUCGGGGCGGUUUUAGGAUUGGGUCUGGCUUACGCUGCAUCCAGAAGAACGGACGUCAACGAAUUGUUAACCGGAGCUUUCAUGGACAAAGAAAGUCAGCGUACCAUGGAAGUUGUGGCGCUAGCUGCGAUCGCGAUAGGCCUUAUAAACGUCGGUUCCGCCGAUGCUGACGCGUCCUCGAUAAUCCUUCACAAGCUACAAGAAUUUACUCCUCAAGAAUUGUCCAACACUUAUUCCAGAUUUCUGCCACUGUCUCUGGGGAUGAUAUACAUGGGGUGUCGCGACAUGAUAGAAGCUUCUUCGGCGGCGCUCGAGAUUUUACCCGACCCCUACAAAUUGGCUGCGCAAACCAUGUUACAGAUAUGCGCGUAUGCCGGCUCGGGGGACGUGUUGAUCGUGCAAGAAUUGCUGCGGAUCUGCUCGGAAUCUAUCGAUGGCGACAGCGUAUCCAGCACGAAAGAGAAGUCUGAGAAUAAGAACGAAGAAUCCAAGUACGCUCGUUCUGUAUUCUUUUUGCUCUCUCACUGAUUCGUUCAUGAACACUUCAGAGAAAUCGGAUCGUCGCAAGCCAUAGCCGCUCUUGGUGUCGCCGUAGUUGGCCUGGGAGAGGGAAGAGAAAAUUCGCGAAUCUUUGGGCAGAUCGGAAGAUACGGUUCCUUGUCCGCGAGACGCGCGAUGCCAUUAGCCCUGGGUUUGACUUUUCUCUCGAAUCCGGACCUGUCGAUUUUGGGCGUUCUGAACAAGUAUAGCCACGACAACGACACGGACGUAGCCAAUAACGCGAUCUUCGCGCUUGGCCUCGUCGGCGCUGGGACGAACAACGCGCGUCUCGCUACCAUGUUGAGACAGUUGGCUUGUUAUCACGCGAAGAACCCUUUACACCUGUUCCUGGUCCGCAUAUCCCAAGGCCUGGUUCAUCUUGGCAAAGGUACGCUGUCCAUAUCCCCGUUGCGUUACGCUUCGAAGAUUUUGGACCAAGCCGCGUUGGCUGGACUGCUCGUGGUCCUUGUCGCGUUUCUCGAUUGUCGUAAUUUGAUUCUGGCCAAGUCUCAUUAUUUGAUGUACUGUUUGGCGCUCGCGAUGGAACCAAGAUGGUUGGUCACCUUGGACGAGAACUUGCAAAGUUUACCAGUAUCCGUGAGGGUAGGUCAGAGCGUGGACGUCGUGGGGAAAGCUGGAAAUCCGAAAUCCAUCGUCGGUGGAUCCGUCCACACGACCCCAACGUUGCUUUCCGCCGGUGAAAGAGCAGAACUCGUGUUGGACGAAUACGAGGCGGUGUCCAGCGUGCUAGAGGGUUUUGUUAUUCUUCGGGAAACGCUAAAUCCUUAGAACUAAUAAUUCACGAAGGGUAAAGGGGAAGGUAUAAAGCAAUAAAAAUACUUGGUAUUGUUUGAAUUUG